AUGGAGGAGCUCGUCGAUGCGUCCAUGAAGUUCACGCGCGUCCUGAAGCGCAAGGGAGUCUCCCAGGCGACCCUCCAGGUGGCCGUCCGGGCGCGCCCGCUGUCGCGGAAGGAGAUGUCCAACGGCGCGCGCACCAUCACCAAGCUCGUCGACGAGCGCUGCGUCGUCGUCUUGGACCCCGACGAGGACGCGAACGAGAGCACGGUGCCGGGCGUACCGAAGCCGCUCAAGCGCAAGGAGGUGGCCGCGGGAGUCCGCAAGAAGGAGCGGCGCUACGUGUUUGACGCCGCCUACGACGGCGAAGCUUCCAACGAGCAGGUGUACCGAGGAACCGUCCUCCCGCACAUCGCGGGAGUGCUCCGGGGAACGAACGCCACGGUGUUCGCGUACGGCGCCACGGGCAGCGGUAAGACGCACACCAUGGUGGGGGAUCAGAGGGAUCCGGGCCUGAUGGUGCUCUCGCUUCGCGACGUCUUUCGCUUCAUCGCGAGCGACGGCGGGGAGAAAGAUUACAAGGUGGAGUGCUCCUACACCGAGGUGUACAACGAGCUCGUGUACGACUUGCUCGUGCCCAACUCGCCCGCGUUGGAGCUGCGGGAAGAUCCCGAACGCGGCCCCAUGGUCAGCGGCCUGACCCACGUCGCCGUCGACGACGAGAACGCCAUCUUCGAGCUGUUGCGUAAAGGCAACGCGAGACGAAAGACGGAGGAGACUGGCGCCAACGCCGUGUCCUCGCGGUCGCACGCCGUGCUCGAGAUUUGGGUGACGCGAACGGAGCGCAACCACUACUGCAAGGCGUACACGACGGGGAAGCUGGCGCUGGUGGACCUGGCUGGCGCGGAGCGCGCGUCGGAGACGAACAACCGCGGGCAUCAGCUCAGGGACGGCGCCAACAUCAACCGUUCGCUGCUCUCCCUCGCCAACUGUAUCAACGCGCUCGGUAAGCGCAAGAAGAAGGGCUUCGUCUUCGUGCCGUUCAGGGACAGUAAGCUGACGCGGAUCCUGAAGGAUGGGCUGUGCGGGAACAGCAGGACGGUCAUGGUCGCUACCGUCUCUGGCAGCUCGCACCAGUACGAGCACACGGUGAACACGCUCAAGUACGCGGAUAGGGCCAAGGAGAUUAAGACCCACGUCCACGAGAACAGGGGCACCGUGGAGACGCACAUCGCCGAGUACCAGCGCAUGAUCGACGCCCUGCAGGAGGAGCGGAGGGAGCUGCGCGCGGAGGUUGACCGGCUCAAGGGCGGCGGCGGCGGCGGCGGGGGCGGCCGAGUCGGGGUUGGUGGUCCGAGCAACGGCUUCGCCGCCGCCGUCAACGGAGGGCGGGUCCCGCGCGAGUCCGGCGGCAACGGCGGCUGGAACGGCGGCGGCCACGAGCAGGGCCUGACGGUGGAGGAGGUGGAGAAGUUCGCGCAGGAGCUCGCGGAGGCGACGGACGCGUGCGCCAAGGCGCAGCGAGUGCUCCUCGAGCGGCAAACCCGCGAGGCUUCCGCGCGAGCAGCCGCCGCCGCCUCCGCUCUCGAGGCGCUCGCCCCGAGCGCCGGCGACGCGGGCAAGAGACCCACGGGCCCGACCGACCGCGGGCAAGUCGCGGCGGCGGCGGGCAAGAAGAAGUCGGUCGGGUUCUUCGGCUUUGGCCUCGGCGGGAAGGGCGGCGGCGGGGGCGGGGGGGCUGAUGACGCGGGCUCCGACGCGGGCUCCGACGCGUCGUCGUCGUUCGCCGACAGGCCGGUGCUCGCGAGCGACCUGGCGGUGCUUCACGCGCGCGCGUCCCUCGCGGUCGCCGCCGACCUCGACGCCGCCGCGCUCGAGACGCGCGACCGGCUCAUUGAGGACCAGCGGCGCGCCAUCGCCGCGUUGAUGUCGGCGCUCGGACCGGCUGCCCGCGAGUCGCGCCUGGAUUUACCCGCGCGAUGCGCGCCCUCGCAGCUGGAGGAGCGGUACCGCGCGCUGGUACCCAACGGAGGCAAGGACGGGGGCGUCAAGGAGGGCGGCGGCGUUGGACCGGGCGGGGGGUCCAACGCGGGUGGCGGGAGCGUCGCCGCGUCGGUGCUGCCGGUGGAUGCCAUCAGGGUCGAGGCGGAGGCGCUCGCCGCGCGCGCGAGAGCCGCCGAGGAGUCCCGCCACUCCACCCCGGACGGCAAGAGGAGCGCCGGGUCAGGGUCAGGGUCAGGGUCAGGGUCAGGGUCAGGGUCCGAGCGCGGGUCCGGAUCGGGCGGCCACCAACGCCGCGACUCCAUCGGUGCGUUUGAGCUGGAGUAUUCCCCGGAGGUUCUGGAGAUGGACUCGUUCAUCCACGGGAACGGAUACGGCGACGGCGGCGACGAGGGCGCGGCGGGCGGCCGGUUCCACGCGGGGCCGCUGUCGCCCGUCGCGGAAGCUGUCGCGUCGAGCAGGGCGAACGUGUUCAGGCAGGAGUCGUCCGGGCCGGCGUCCUCCUCGGGCUCGGCGGGGGAACGAUCAAAGGCGGGCGGGUCGUCUGCGUCGGGUUCGAAGGAGAACAGGGUCAGUAGCGGCGGCGCGCUCGCGCAGGAGAAGCGGUCGAAGAAGAAGCUCGAGGAGGCGCACGCGAUUUACGGUCAAAACGCGCAGCAAAAGCGGCGGGGCGGGGCCAUCUCGGAGAGGCUGAAAAGGCUGGCGGGGAGGAAAUCCAAGAGCGCGUCGCCGUCGAGCGAUUAG